AUGGAUAUGAGGUCUUACAUCAGAAGCUCCCCAGAAGAUGACCCGAAGGAGCUAUAUGACCUCUUCCGCGAACUCUCACUCGAAAGGGCUAUUGAUCCAGACAGAAUGCAACGACACAUCCUGAACUCUAUCUACCGCCUUGUCCAUGGCUCCAACAACAUCGAAGGUGUCAGUUUCAACUUCAACACUACAGUCGAGCUUUGUCGAGCCAUUUUCGAAGGCUCGAUAAGCGACCCAUCUGAUAUCCUAGUGCUUGACGUGGAAGUCUAUCGAGAGCUGGGCCAGCAUCUCAAGGCAGCGCAAUAUCUCAUUUGCCAAACCACAAAGAGCGAUCUGUCCGAGGAUAUCAUCAAGGAAGCGCAUCGAAUCUUGACGAAUGAGUUCAAUCAGACUGAAGGCACAUAUGAUACCGAGUACAGCGGCAAAUAUCGCACAUCUCCCGUACAAGCAACGUCCCGUCCCUACAUGGACCCCAACAAGAUUCCCGCAGCGAUGGACAAGAUGAUGGCCAGCUACAGAUGUGAUAUACUGGCUGCUGGAAUGAAAGGAGAGAUUGAUCCUGUGGCGCUUGCAGCAAAAUACAGUCACCUUUUCUUCAGUAUUCAUCCAUUUCAUACCGCCAACGGCCAGAUGAGCCGCCUUAUACUCAACGCCAUACUCUUCAAGUGGGCUGGAUGUCUCGCCCCUUUUGGUCAGGAUGAGGAGGAGUGUGCAGAGUAUCUUUCAAUUAUUGUUGAGGCAAUGGAUCUGGAGAUCUCUGAGGCUGAGACUAGCCGUGGAGUGUCUGACGGCUGUAGACCGAAGCUUUAUAAGAAGCUGGCUUCCUAUGUCUUGAAGCAUGCGGCGGCGGGUAUGUUGCUGGUUUGCGAACCUCUGCAAUUGGAUGGGUGA